AUGUCUGAGUGGGCUACUACAUCAUUCGUAAGCCUGUAUAAUUCCAUUGAGUCUGGCUCUUUUGACCACCAUCAAUAUGAGCGGAUACUACGAUAUUUGAAGACUUUAAAUGUUCUUGGUGGAAAAACGAAAAACACUACGAGCAGAGCUCAUUUGGAGAAGGGUGAGGUCAGAUUAUCAUCAGGGACCACACAAAAAGUAGGUAAGGAUGUUGCCAUCGCCGCCGUUAUGCUAUCAGAUGAGUUGAACCUAGAUGAAUUGAUUUCAGCUGAGCUUAUACUAUUGAAUUGUGAUGCCGAAUCUGAACACGACAAUUCGGAUAUUGCACUCAUCAAUGGAGCCAAAGUAGCGUUUUAUGUCAGACGUCAGUACGUUUUGCAGAUAGUGUCCUACAUUGUCAAUUGUUUAGAUCCUAGCGACAAAAUCUACGUCGAUCUUAUCUCGGAUGGGAUUUUGGUCAAAAACACUCUCUCCGCGUUCAAAGAAAUAGAGAGACAGUUUGAGGAAAUAAAACAAUUAGUCAACAGGAUGAAGCUUCUGGAUGGAUACGAUGCAUAUGCUGAACAAAAUGUGCGCUUCAGGCGAGACUUUCUUCUUUCAGAAUACGACACGCUAAGUCAAAUCCUCCACGGUUUGGUAAAAAACGGUACCUUCAUGCAAAAGGAGAGGUUAUUGGAAGUUGUGAAUAAAGUAUCUGAGAUGGACCCCAGCGAUUUUCUCAUUGUAUACUUCCUAUCAUCUCUUUUCCAGGCCUUCUCACAGUUGGACCUUCUUCCGGAAAACGAUGUGAAAGAUCUGCAUAAGAGAUUCCUCACAGAAUUGAAAAGCGACGCCAUCUACGCAAAUCCUGUUAAGGUAUCCAUUAUAUUUUCCUUUCUAGCAUUCUUCAUCGGAUGGUGUAAGGCUGCUCCUUCGGUAAGAGCAUCGGCUUAUGACUUCGCCAAUGCUGUUGAUGAACCUAUGACAAGGGCAGUCAAUUUGGGGGCUAUCGAACAAAUAAUGGCAUUUGCAGCUGACACAUCCGAAUUGGAGCGAGACAAUAGCAUAGAACUCUUUUACGAUAUGAGGUCUUUGUUGCAGAAGCAUAUCCCAAGACUAUAUGCGAAACAGCUUACAGACAGCGAUCAAUCAUACAGUGGAAGAUCCCCAAGAGAUUCAAGGUUCGAUACAAUUCACUUAUCCGAGCAAUCUCAGAUUAUACUGCUACCGACUUUUCAUCACUUGCUGCAAGUGGUCAUAACUGACUGUGCCUUUCUCUUGACUAAAAUGAAAGACGCAGAGGAGGAUUCACUGCUAUCUGGAGAAGAUUUAUUCCUUGACGAAAUAUCUGCCAAAGCUGACCUAGAGCGCUUUUUCUUGACUGUACACUACUUUUACGCGUUUAGACCGGAGUAUUGCGCAGUUUUUUGGCAAGACAAGGAGUCAAAUGCAUACGGUUUCAUUGAGUGGGCCAUGAAAUGUACUGACACAUUAAUGCGUUCUUCAGUAUUUUUAAUGCUAUCAAGCAUCGCAUUCGGAAGCGAAAACUCAUUCAACGUCUACCAUUAUAUCAAUCAGAAUCUCCACUUUACCUGGAAUCAUAUUGCGCAAAUCAUAAGCGGCUACAUCAUAAAGAUAUCAGAUGUAGAGAGACAGCAAGAAGAAAGCCAAGGGGUAGUGAAAGAUGAACACGACUUUACUUCUGUUGCCUUGAAAGUUGGCCUAAACGAAGAAGUUAUUGUACUUUUAUCGUCACUAUACACUUUGGUCGGUUGUGUAGCACACGACCUUGAUGAAGAGACCAAAUCUCGUCUCUCCACUACCUUCGCAAGUGUUCUUUUUGAAUUCGUUAAGGUCAAUACUCCCCUAAUUGGCGCAGCAUUAAAGGUACUAAGCAACCUGGUACCACAAAAUGAAGCCGAAAGAGGUAUCUUUUGGCAGAAGCUGGAUUCGUGGAUUUUCAAAACCUCCAAGUUGUCCCUCGCUCAAAAGUCAUAUCGUGAAGCUUUCAAAGGCAUCUUUACAACUUUUUCAGAUGUUACAGGUUUCCUCAAUCUAUUGAAGAAACUACUCUGCAUACACUCGAAAGGACUAGAUGGUUACCUCAAAUUUGGCAUACUUCCCUUCCCACCAAGGUUAGGAAAAGGAUACAGGAGGGUUGGAAUUUGGCCGUACUUUGAUUACCUGUUCCAUGAGGCAUUCGUUCAGUCGCGUCUAUUGAGCGACCAAACAGAGAGGGCGGCCAUUCAAAAGCCGGUAUUACAAAUUAUCGACCAAGCAUUGCAUUCUUUCGAUUACUCCGUCAUUUUGAAUUCUAUUCCUACUGGUUCUGAUUUGAACGAUUUGGUUGAGACCGAUGACUUUUUCAGCUAUGUUCAAGAAUCUCCUGCUACCACUGUUAUUAACUAUCUAUUUGAGGAAAAAGUGUUCACGGUUUUGUUUGAGAUUGCCUCUAUUGGUGUAGAUACCGUUACUUCUAGCUUACAGAACUCUAACGAACCUGUGGAGCUUUUGGAAUUGGCAAUGAAAAAUAUCAUGCAGCUUUUGCUUUGUCAGGAAACUUACGUGGAAGAGCUGUGUCCCAUUGUCAAAAGACAUGCCAAGGAUGAUUUUUUUAUUCCUCAAAAUUUUGGCCUCCAUGGUUUGAAGUCCUUUUACAAUGCUAUAUUUUUCGACCUUCCAAUGGUUGCGCAUUUCGGUUUGUACGUUGGGUUAGAGAACUAUGCGAUUGCUUCCCAUUCCAUCCAAAUUUUGCAGAAAUUGGCCUCGGAAAUGAAAGGAAGUGAUAGCAAAGCAAUUAUGAAGGACACAUUGCUGAAUUUGUUUGAUUCCGUGGACGAAUCCGCGCGCUUGAAAGAAGCGUUUAUUGAUCAGCUUUUGACUCCGAUCACGGAUGACAGAAUUUUAGAACUCAAGAUAGGAAUUUUGAACUUUUUAGUGCAGAAUCUCUCAUACGCUGACAAACAACCGUCAGUAGCACACUUUCUGCUGGGCUUUUCCAUAGAGAGUACGAUAUCUCUGGGACCCGAAUUGUCAAGUUUCAUUAACUCCGGACAUUCUGUUCUAAAUGCCAUUAUAUUUCUACUGAAAUCCUCUUUGGAAACAAUGGACGGCAGCAAUAUCGACAGCUCACCCACAGAGCUAGCGCUGCUCUCUAUGGAAAUUGUUUUAAAACUUUGUCGUAACCAGCUAACUUCCACCAUUAUACUGAAUCGCCUCAGCGAAUCUGGCUUGUUUGAGAAGCUUCUAGUGCUUGAUCCCAAAGUGAGUCUCAAGACCAGAUGGUCAUCUGAAUCAAUCUCAAGCAGUGUCGUAGGUGGAUCCCCAAGACAUUCUAGUGAAAAAGCUGCCAGUACGUUUUUGAAGUUUUUGACGUACAGAACAUUUUUCUUACAGUUCUUGAGCUUAGAUAUCCACAAGCUAAGCACUCAGUCGCUUAUGACCACAAUGAAGUCAAGAAUGGAUCUCCUUAUCUCAGAUGCUGCUCAGCCACCUCGUAUACUGUCGUACCUAGACGUAUUGGGAUUUGAGCUCGCCCCUCUGCCAAGUGAUUUUGCCAAGAAUUUGGUGGCGUGCGCCAACAUAGAUUUGGGUGGGCUUAAAGUGGAAAGCAACUUAUUAGCUACGGGCGAAACCUAUGAUAUGACACGGCUGCAUUCGUUGGUUCAGCUGAGAGUUCUUUCUUUGACCAAAAUUCUUCCGAUCGUGACGCCCGAUGGAAAUAUAUCGAAUGCAGAAGCUCUCACCAAGAUCGCAGAUGAUGAAAAAGCCAUGUUGACAAAACAUAUGUCGUCGUACUUCUCAUAUCAGCGGUUCAAGUCCUUACAAUUAUCAAUGUUACAUUCAUGGGUUCAGCUUGUCCAAGUGGUUGUGCUUGAUGGGCGGUUGACAAAGGAUGUUCGAUCGAAUUUUAUUCUUGAGCUCUUCGAAUCUUUAGUGCCUCGGAUCAUAGAUUACCUCGAAGUUGAUGUUGCCUACUCCGAAGAGAUAGUGUCACUUUGUGUUUUUCUCUACGAUAUUCAUCAUAAAGAUUCUCAGUCGCAAUCCAAAAAUAAUCCUGUUGACGGGAGACUUAUGGCACUUUUUAUGGCGUGCAUGAGUGGGAUAAGGUCCCCGCUCUCAACACUGUCCAUUAGAUCGGACUUUUACGCUCUUUCAAACAGAUUUCUCUCGAACGUGUUAGAAGACACAGAAUUGGCCAAGCCGAUUGCUCAAAAUUUGAAGUUGUCCAGCGACCGCUUGAUAGAGGUUGUAUUUAAUGACGCUGUAUCUGGAGAAGGUUCUUCAAGAAUCACCGGUAUACUAUUUUUGGACUCUCUUUUCCGGCUUGCAGGCCUCCAUAAGGUCAACUUCGUGUUAGAGACCUUGACCAGUAGAAACAUGCUUUUAUUGAUUGGACAUUCGCUAAAGGCCACUGAUGACUUCUUGAGCUCCGCAUUGGAAGGAAGAAGCUUAGACGAUUUGCUGUACGAACUCACUGCUUUCAAAGCCACUGUUCACUUUCUCAUUCGUGUUGCCGAAACACGUAGCGGUGCACAGGCUUUGGCACAAAAUGAUAUUUUCCAUGUUAUUGAAUCGUGCUCCUUCCUCAAGGUCGACCCUGAUUUAGGUCUUGAUCUCAAAUUCAAUGCUGAUAACACAAGUGACUCGAAUCAAGUUCAUGUUAGCCUAAGUCUCGAUGACUCUCUGGUAUCGGACACGGAUGCUUGUGGCUUAUCACUCUACGAAAUUGUUGUUCCCGUUUUUCAGUUGAUGACUUCAAUCCUUCUAAGCAUGGGAAGUGCUAAUCGAGCGGUGGUAAAGAGAACGCGUUCCCUGCUUAAUCAUUUCAGAAAAAUUGUUCAGGGUGCCCUCAAACGCGAUGCUUUGAUAGAAGAGGGCAAUGCCUCAACAAGGAAGACUGAAAGAAAUGAUGGCCUAACUCAGCUUGUGAAACUAGUCGUUUUACUGUGCACUCUGACCUCCUACGGCGGAGACGCCUGA